CCGGCGCCGUGGAAUUCGCCCGUCUGGCACCCCGAUCUUCCGGUCAGUUUGCCCAGCUCGCUGAGUGAUGCCCGCGGUAGCCAAUAAGCAGGGAUUUCUCUCCCUGUCCCGCCCCACUGGCAAGAGGAACCAAUCCUGUUGCAACAGAGGCAGGACGCGCCAAGUCCCGAAAGGGGAGCAGAAGAGAGGGCGGCCGGCGGCCCAGUAACGUCAUGUUCCGCUGACGGGGGUCUCAGGCGGUGACGGCCUCAGUAAUCGGCCCGAGUGACGCGCUGGAGGCUGUUUAUAGCCCGGCAGGACCGCGCGGGGAGUGGAGGCGGAGGCCCGCGGUGAGUGGCCUCGGGCCUGCCGCAGCUGUGGAGACAAACGUCAGGAGUCGGACGGGCCGGAGGAAAACAGAGACUGGGCGUGGGGGGCGAGGAAGGGCAGUAGGCUUUCCUGUCUCCCAGCUUUAGGUUUUAAAAGCACGACCCAGAAAGCCGUUGGCGUCUGGUUGCCAUAACAACCGGCUGCCUCCUGGCAGGCGGGGCGGGGCGGGGCGGGGCUAACGGGCCGCAGCUCGGACUGGACCGCGACCGCGACCCCGCCUGCUGGAUGAGCAGAGCUCCUCAACUUGGCCUUCAGGACCCGUCAUUGUCCAGCCCGUUUUCACCGCAGAUGCCAGCAACUGACACCUUCCUUCAAACGUGUCGGGCAUUUUUCACUCCUUUGAGCCAUUGUACACGCACUUCCCUCUGCUGGUCCGUGGCCCUCAGGCUGUAAAGGUUCUCCAGACAUUGGCUCUGCAUGCAGUCAGCCCACAUCCCACAAGCCCCCUGGCCCCUGAGGAACAGCACCAUCUGCUUUUAGACUCUGAGAUACAAAGGUGGGGGCUGGCGCAGUGCUUGGGUAUAAGGGGCCAAGGGUAUAAGGGCUCCCUGGAUGAUGGCGCACUGAGGAGGCAUCUGCGAGCCUAGGCCCUCAUGGCAUCCAAAGACAAAGAUGCAGCACCCUCACCUCGCUCUGCCUGGGCCUCCCAGGUGGGGCCCUGGGACGCCAUCCUCGAAGCUGUCAAAGACCAGCUCCCGUCUCUGGACUCAGACUCCUCCUUGUCCGACUGCGGGGAAGAGGAGCUGUUCAUCUUCCAGCGAAACCAAACCGCCCUGAUCCCAGACCUGUCGGAGGAGCUGGCUGAAGACCCUGCUGAGGGCGAUGAGUCCAGGACCUGGGUCACUGCAGCUGUAGGGUCCCCUCCUGAGCCAGCUCUGGUGCCUGUGGAAUUUGCCGCAGAACUUGGGAGCGGAUGGGAUGCAAGGACCAAGGAUCCAGCCUCUCGGGAAGGAAGGGGCCUUGGGCCUUUUGAGAGCAGUGGUGAGAUUGGCUCUCUUCUCAGGAUGGCCGAGGAGACCCCCAAGUGGCUGGAAGGCAACCUUGGAAACAUGUCCUUCAACAUCAGGGGAUCCCAGAGUCCUCCCUGGGGCCCGCAGGGAGAAGCCACCCUCUCCCUGCAGCAAGGAGACCUGAAGGCAGAGUCCACAAGUGCCACCUCACAAGGUGCUGUAGACCGCAGGGCCCUCCGCCGGGAGAGAAGGAAGUUGAUAGAGAAGGACAUACUCCACAGAGUGCCGUGGGGUGCCCAGGACCCCGCCGGCAGUGGCCACAGUGGGAUGAAGGAGCUGCCCUGCCACACCGCACAGUCGGCCCCCAGCCCGGGGAAGCCUCCAGAGGAGCCCCGUGCGGGACCACCGGUGCUGUCGCUCCAGCAACUUGAAGAAUGGGAUUUGGAUUACAUCCUUCAGAGUCUGGCGGGACAAGAAGACAACCAGGAAAAUCAUGCACCUGGAACCGAGUGUUGGGCAGCUGACCACUGCCAAGUCCAAGACCACACUGUGCCGAACACCCAGGAUAGGCUCAUGGAACAGCUGGCCCUCCUGUGUGCCACGCAGCCCAGAGCCCCUGCCCCUUCCCGGAACUUGCCUGCUGACACACCCCAGGACACCAAGGAGCAGCAGGCUGGAAGCAGAUGUGCUUCAAGGAAGCUGGGCUCCCAGGCUGAAUGGGGCUGGAAGCUGGCCGAGGGAAUGAGGCACCGUAUGGAGCCUCCCACCAUCUUCAUUGAUCUGCGGCAGAAGGAGCCACCAGCCCACCAUUUCCUGGAGAGCUCCAGCUCCAGCUCCUCAGACAGUGAGGAGGAGGAGGAGGAGGCGCUAGCAGCUUUGGGAGACCAGAGUGGCCCAGCAGAGCAGGCAGCUCCUUUCUCCCAGGACCCACGGAGCUGCACUGGCAAGAGUCAGCUGCUUCAGCAGCUGAGGGCCUUUCAGAAGGGGGCGGCCCAGACCCAACUGCCCACCAGCGAGGGCCCCAGCAGCCAGAGGGCUCAGGCCCAGGCAGACUCGGCUGGAACAGGAACCGGGAGGAAGCAGCGCGUAAAGCUCUGGGCUGAGGGGCACAGUGGCCAGGCCAGGCUCCCAGGAGGAAGCCCCCAGGCCCUAGCGGAUGCUCUCGGGCAAGGAGCAGCCGGGGAGGCCCUGGUACCUCCUCUGGGCAGACCGUAGAUGCCUCAGCGAGCAGCUGCAGCGGUCUGGCUCUUCAUCCAAGCUGGACCCUGGCGGUCCCCUGGGUCUCCAUUGCGUCCACUGGCCGGUGCCAUUGAGAGACAGGGCCCCUCAGACUGUGGGCCACUCCCAGCCCCUGGCAGAACUCAGCCUCGCACUUACAAGCAAGGAUCCAAAUGCAGAUUUGCACAUAAAGCAGGACACCACCACCAGGAGACACGGUGGCCUGACCUCAGUGCGACCAGAGGGACAGCAGUGCUUCUCUUGGGGCCGCAGGCUUCUCACCUUUGGCCAUUUCUGCAUGUUUUCUCUUUAAGAGCAUCUAUUAUUUCCAUCAUAUGAGGUCUUUUUAAAAAUAAAACAUAUUUAGAGAAUUUCAGGGUUGAAAAAGA